AUGUCGACCGCUGAUACUAGCUCUCCCACCCACAGCACCCGCACCAUGUCCACCGUAACCUCCGCCGCACCGUCCGGAGCACCGGCCUCCAUGAGCUCGUCGAGUGUUACGGGCACCAAGGCCCUGGCGAAGCGCGCCAUCCGCGUCGCGCAGGCCGUGGCCGACGCGCGGCUCGACAGCGCGUACGAGGACGCGUCGGAAGGGUUCGACUAUCACGACUCGGUGGAGGCCAGCAAGGGCAUCACGCAGACGGAUGGCGGGCAAAGCGGCGCGCAAGGCGGCGGGAAACCCGGCGGCGCGCCGGUCGCGUCGUACCUGCAGCGCAUGCAGCGCGGAGGGUUGAUCCAAGCGUUCGGGUGCCUGGUGGUCGUGGAAGAAGCGACGUUUAACGUGCUUGCUUAUAGCGAGAACGCCAAGGACCUGCUGGGGCUGAUUCCGAAGCCCAAGACGGAGGAAGAAUUGGAGGCGGAGAAGAAGGCGGCGGAGGAGGCGGAGCGGAAGAAGGCGGAAGAGGCCGCGAAGGCGGAGGCGGCAACGGCGUCCCCAAGCAAGUCCGGAAAGUCGGGCAUUGGUGAGUAA